GUUUAGGUUGAGUUGACAACACGGAGUAGUAAAUUUCCAUCAUUCAAGGCGUGUGUGUUCCACCUUAUCGUAAUGCGGAUGGUGGCCGUGGCCGUGGUCCGUGGAUGGUGACAAAUGGCAGUUCUUCGAGUGCCAGAUGAUCCGUGUUGAUAACAGUGCAGAUCAAACGCCGAACAAAUGAAGGUUCUGGAAAAAACGUAAAGUUUCGGAAACUCCAAUCUUAUGUCUCUGGUUUCUUCUUUCAAUUACACACAAAUAUUGAAGGAUGCUCUAGCAGCGUGAAUGGAUUACCAAUACAAAAAUGAUGUAUUGUGUUGAAAGAAGGUGGGCUCUUGAUAGGCAGAUGGACAGAGAAUAUUUGAUGCCAUUGAAGCUGCCGUCGGCAAGUAGCAUAAACAGUCAUGGAUCAAAAAAGGGAAGGUCAACAUUUCUCAAACGCUUGUUCCUGGUCUUUGCUGCAAUUCUAACGUUACUGGCCUUGUUGUACGUCCCGGUUUAUCACUCCGCCCAAGGGCCCCUCCAAGGCGUAGGUGAGAUUCCUAUUCCGAGCUCUGCUGGGGGCUCGAAGUCCGUGACCUCCGUAGCUCAACUUUCGGGCUGGGCAGACAAUAUUACAAGAGACGUACGUAUCUACGUGCAGCCAGAAAAUAAUACGACAAUAAUUUCUCCUGUCGAAAUCUGCUCCACUCCCCCAAUUCUAAUCAUAGUUGUCUGCUCGUCAAUAUCGAAUCAGAAAGCACGGGACGCUAUAAGGGAUACUUGGGCAAACAAAACUAAUUUAGAGAAUUAUAACGCAACGGUAGAAGUAGCAUUUCUUGUGGGAGAAAGCAGCAACGACACUUUAAACGAGAAUAUAGAAAAUGAAAGCUUGCAAUACAAAGAUAUAAUCCAGGAAAAAUUCCUCGACACUUACAAUAAUUUAACAAUAAAAUCGAUCAUGAUGUUGAAGUGGGUUACGUCGAAUUGUGGACAGGCACAAUAUCUCAUGAAAACUGACGACGACAUGUUUGUCAACGUACCGGUAUUAAUAAAACUCUUGCAAGCGAGACCUAAGGCCAACGGAGCUCUGAUAGGAUCUCUGAUUUGCCAUGCCAAGCCUAUUACUGAUCCGAAGAACAAGUGGUUCAUGCCAAAAUAUAUGUAUGCCGAAAGAACAUAUCCAAACUAUCUUUCUGGUACUGGAUACGUAAUGAGCUUGGAUGUGGCUUCCAAGCUGUAUGCGACUGCAUUGGAUACACAAUUGAUAUAUUUGGAGGACGUUUACCUGACUGGAAUUUGCGCGAGGCGCGCCAAGUUACAGCCAACUAAUCAUCCGGGGUUCAGCUUUGUCGCCAGGAAGCUAGAUCCUUGUGUGUUUCGCGAUGUUAUUACUGCACACAGGGUUUCGGCAUCGAAUUUGUACGCUAUGUGGAAACGUGUGAAUAACUCGACUUUGAAAUGCGUAGCCCCAACAGCCUCAUCAGCCUCUGUUAAAAAGCAACCUCGUUUGAGUAGAAAAGAAAGAAUUGCUAGGUAUAAUCUCAAUCAUGGCAGAUCAGUGGUGGCUAAAUGCGUUUGACUAACGAUAAGUUAAACUCAUGAUCAGUUUUGAUUUUAAGUUAAUUAUUGAUGGAUAUUCAUUGUUCAUCAUUCGGGUGUUUACAACAUUAAUAUCGUAAAAUG